AUGCUGCAGAAUAAACAUGACCAGAUUCAGCAACGAUGCGUCGGGAAAAGAAAAUAUUUAAUUGCCAUAAUGAGCGGAAGAAGCACGUAUUUGAAUGAUUAUUACCGGCUGGGGAAAUUGGCUCGGCUAUCGAUUUACGAUCUACGGAGUACGGAGCGCUCAGUUUGGCACGGGCCGUUUGAGUGA